CUGAGUCUCACUGAGUUCGGAGGCUGCGGUGCGGUCCGGGUCCAGCAGAGGGAGACAGAGGACCUGGUGGUAAAAUAUCUGCCACAUCAUGAAUGUGCUCUGUAAAGCAACUGGAUACUGGAGUGAUCAGAUACAUGAAGUGGGCGCACACAGUUCUUGAGUCAGUGUACUUCGUUACCAUCGUCACUGUUAAUGUAAAAUCCAACAUGGCUGCCUGCAGCUGGAUCAGUUUGGUGUCAGGAGAAUGUGUCAGAGUGAGACAUCUUACUGAUCUGCUGCUCGCAGUUGGGCGCAUGCGCACUCCGCCAGCUGUGUGAAACCGGAAGACGCAAGAGAGUCAUCUUUGCUCGGAGACGAUCUUUGAGCUCCUCCAUCGCUAUCACCGUCAGUCGGUGUGAAGCAGCAGCAGCCGGAGCUUUCAGCCAUUUUCUUACCUGCUUCCUCCUGCUUAUGUAACCCGGGACCGAGUCCGGAUCCAGAUCCAGAUCCUCACUGUCUCUAUGGGCAGCACGGGACCCAGUGAUGCCGACAGAUUGUGGACGUCAGACUGACAUCAGCGCACAGUGAAGCAUCAUGGGAGGUGGCAGAUGGACGAGCCGGCCGUCGGCAGAUCAGAGCCUGUGACACACACACACACACACACACACACACACACACACACACACACACACACACACACACACACACAAUGACGAUGGAACAGGGCUUCAGCUUAAAUGCGCUGAAGAAGCUGGCGGCAGAACCAGACUACACAGAUGUGUCGCUGACAGCGGUGGAGCGCGUGCGGGCGCUUGGGAAGAUGGGAUGCAGCGUGGAGAUCAACGAGGACAUCGAACCGAGGCGCUACUUCCGUUCUGGAGUGGAGAUGGAACGCAUGGCGGCGGUUUACCUGGAGGAGGGGAGCCUGGAGAACGCCUACGUCCUCUACACCAAGUUCAUCACUCUGUUUGUAGAGAAGCUGCCGGCUCACAGAGACUACCAGCAGUGCAGCGUCCCAGAGAAACAGCUCAUCAUGAAGAAACUUCAGGAAGUGGCUUUUCCUCGUAAAGACGAGUUGAAGACACGACUUCAGGAGAAAUACAGCAGGGAACACAGCGAGUACCUCAGAGCCCAGGCCUGUAGUCAGGCGGCCAUGGUGGCGGAUGGGUGUGGCCAGCAGCUGCUGCAGCCGUCCUUAUUGGACAAGGACGGGAAGAGGCUGCUCCUAUUGGAGGAGGAGAGGCAGCGUGUGGCCGCGCUGCGACGCAUGCAGAUCGAAUCAGAACAGUUUCGCUAUUUUGAGGACCAACUGAGGCGCCAGGAACUGGCCAAUAGGAGAGGAGAGGAGGCGGAGCAAAAGCAGCCAAUUGGCGCACGCUCCCAGGGGGCAGAUCCUAACAGGAACAGACCGCCAGCUCCCAUCAGACAACCAGCUGCGACACUGGCUGGAGUACAGACUCAGAGGGUGGAGGGUCUGAGGCGGGUGGUGAUUCCCAGAGAUCUGACGUAUCGUUUCCUCGUGCUGGCCGACUCGAACACCGCCAGAGGAAUCGAGACCUGUGGAGUCCUCUGUGGACGACUGACUCACAACGAGUUCAUGCUCACUCACGUUGUGAUCCCAAAACAGUCGGCAGGUCCAGAUUUCUGUGACAUGGAGAAUGUGGAGGAACUGUUCAGUUUCCAGGACCAACAGAACCUGCUGACGCUUGGCUGGAUCCAUACUCAUCCCACUCAGACAGCCUUCCUCUCCAGUGUCGACCUCCACACUCACUGCUCCUAUCAGCUGAUGCUGCCUGAGGCCAUCGCCAUCGUCUGUGCUCCCAAACACAACGAUACCGGUGUGUUCAGGUUGACUGGUCCGGGGAUGUCCGAGGUUUCCGGCUGCAGACUGAAAGGUUUCCAUCCUCACUCCAAGGAGCCUCCUCUCUUCAGUGUAUGUAAACAUGUGAUGGUGAGGGACUCAAAGAUCAGCCUGUUGGACCUCAGGUGACAGACAGGAGGCUCCGUCUGUCUGCUUACUGCAGGCUGUGUGUCCAAACUGUGAACACAGUGUGUGUGUGUGUGUGUGUGUGUGUGUGUGUGUGUGUGUGUGUGAACGAUUUUCAUAAUCAUUGUUUUUUUGUUCAGUGUACUUUGUUCUUAAUCAGCUGCUGCUAUGCACACACACUCACAAACACACUCUAUGCUUUUUGUUUGUGACCAGUAUAAUUUGUGUUUUAAUUAAGAGAGUGUUUUUUACAGCUGAGUGUGUGUGCGUGUGUGUGACAGCUGAAUGUGUGUGUGUGUGUGUGUGUGACAGCUGAGUGCCUUCUGAUGGAUUUCCUGCUGUCCUUUUCUUUGAUGAUGGCGCCCUCUUGUGUUGACAUGCAGUAUUUCUCUCUCUGUGAGCGACACAAUCAUUAUUGAUCGGAUCAGAGACGGUCAGUCAGUGUGACGCCACACCGGAUCAACAGCUGGUGCCUUCACACCUCGUGCUCAGUGGUUCUGUGGGUUCAGUGUCCUCCUCUUGUCAUGAUGAUGUCACUGAUAAUUUCUUAAACAAAUCUGAUCAGCUGGACCAGAUUUCAGUUUGUGCACCAGCAGAUGUUUAAAGUUCAAGUGUGUGUUUGUGUGUGUGUGUGUGUGUGUGUGUGUGUGUGCGCGCGCGCGCAUUUACGUGUGUGUGUUUUCUGACCUGCUGUUUUUAGACCGACUGCCAUGUUUUGGUAAUAAAAGACGUCUGCUGCUUCAA